AUGUUAGCUGGUGGCAGCAUCUCCACGAUUCCCCAUCUCAAGGCGUAUCUCCCUAGGCGCCUGUUGUCGCAUACAGCCAUCCGGCAAGGUCAACGCGAGAAUCUCCUGUUCAACCGGCACACAUACUCCUGGUUUUGGCUCCGCGACUCGUGCCAAUGUCCAUCCUGCAUACACCCAACCACCCGGCAGAAGCUCCAUCGUACCUCAGAUAUCCCAGUGAAUGUGAAGCCGGUGGAGGCAAACGGCCUGAGAUUGUCUAAGGACGGUGUACACAUCAAUUGGGACUCCGGCCACGAGUCGUUCUACUCCUCCGAGUUCCUCCGACGGUACGCAUCUCGCGAGAGCAAGACAGAGUACCAUCGCGACGUGGAGCGUGUCCUGUGGAACGUCAAAAAACUGAAGGCGGCACCCAACCUGUACCUCCCGUAUGACGCCGUCAAGACACCUGCUGGGCUUCACACGGGGCUCACGCAGCUCAUCCAGUAUGGGCUGCUGUUUGUCACCGGCGUACCUACGGAGAAGACGUCGAACGAGGAGUGCGAGCUUCGUGCGCUGGGGGAGCGCUUCGGGGAGCUGAGGAGGACGUUCUACGGCGAGACGUGGGACGUGAAGAACAUCCGGAACAGCCGCAACAUCGCGUACACGAACGUCGACCUUGGCCUCCACAUGGACCUUUUGUACUUCCAACAUCCACCACGGUAUCAGAUUCUGCACUGCCUCCGCAAUCGUGUGGAAGGUGGCACAUCAAUCUUCGUCGACGCGGUUCACGUCGCAUCCGAGCUCCGCCUGGAGAAUAAAACCGCUUUCUAUGCCCUUGCACACAACGACGUCACUUUCCACUACAUCAAUGACGGGCACCACCUCCACCACUCGCACCCUACCAUCCAGCUCUCGUUGAGUCCGUCCUCCUCCAAGUCGACUAGCGCCUACCCCAAGAAGCCAAAGAAGCGCCGCUCUAUCGAGUUCAUCAACUACUCGCCGCCCUUCCAGGCGCCGCUGCCGCUCGAGGUCAAGCCACAGGAGUUCGUCCCCGCCCUCAAAAAGUUCGCGGAUAUGCUUGAGGACCCGGCGGUGCGAUUCGAGUACCUGCUGAAGGAGGGCGACGCGGUGAUCUUCGACAAUCGGCGUGUGCUACAUGCGCGCACGGCAUUCCACGAGAAGGAGGCGGAAAGCAACGAGGAGGAAACGAAUCGAUGGCUGAAGGGCUGUUACCUCGAGGCCGACGCGAUUCUGGAUCGGCGCAGGGUCCUGAAUGCGCAACUGGAGGAGGCUGCCAAAGCAUGAUGUUCAUUGACGUUUCUCGCUCCCGAAGAACAGGCUCCACGCAGCGGAACGGUCCGUAGCGUAGCGUCGUUACCGUGCUCCCCAUGUGCUCAGGGGCAACGAAGCUUACCAUUCUUCAUUUCCGUCGUUCUGUUCUGAUGCUGUAAAGCUCAAUUACAUGGAAGUCGAAC